AACGUUUCCUGACAGGAACCGUUGCUAGGUGGCGCUGUGGUGUCGGCGUGAAUUGAAUGGGGAGGCGUGGCUGUAGCGUAGGCAACGCAAGGCCCCUCCCCUCGUCCGGGCGGGGUCAGUAAAACCUUGGCAAACCCCUCACUGAGACGUUCAUUCUCUUCCUUUCCUCCCCCAGAGGGCAGCGCGCUCCGUCCUUGUUUGCUCCGCCAUUUUGAAGGCGUCGCAGGGAGAAGGAGCAGUCUACUCCGCCACUGUUACUCAUCGUGCACCGUCAACGUACGAGGACUCCAUCCCCACAGCAAACAUGAGCUCCCCGGUAAACGUGAAGAAGCUGAAGGUGUCGGAGCUGAAGGAGGAGCUGAAGAAGAGGCGCCUGAGCGAUAAGGGGCUGAAGGCCGAUCUCAUGGAGAGGCUGCAGGCCGCCCUGGACGAGGAGAGCGCCUCCGGCGGCGCAGUGGCGGUGUCCGGGGAAAGCGAGGAGACCGGGGAAGGCGCAGAGCUGGAACACGGCGGAGCAGAGGAGGAAGAAGAGGACGAGGAAGGCAUGGAGGUAGGCGGGGAGAACGGAGGCGAGGCGGGCCAGGAUGAUGGCGCCGAAGAGGAAGAGGAGGAAGCGGCGGUAGCAGAGGGCGAACAGCUAGAUGAGAACGGGGACGACCAAGGCUUUCAGGAGGGCGAGGAGGAUGAUGAAGAGGACGAUGAGGGCAUCCCGGUAGGCCUGGAGGAAGAUGAUGAGAAUCAGGCGGAGCAGGCCAAGACCGGGGAGGAAGGCGUGUCCAGCGGCCCCCAGCCCCUAAUGGACAUCAAGUGCGAAGAUGCGGGAGCAGCCGGCCGGAGCGAAGGAAAAGAUCAAAAGGAUAAGAAACGGGGUGUCAAAAGACCACGGGAGGACCAUGGUCGCAGCUACUUUGAGUAUAUUGAAGAAAAUAAAUACAGCAGGUCCAAAUCCCCACAACCACCAGUGGAAGAGGAAGAUGAAAAACAUGAUGAAAACAAUGUUCUUCUUGACACUUAUAACUGUGAUCUUCACUUCAAGAUCUCACGGGAUCGUUUAAGUGCCACUUCUCUCACUAUGGAGAGUUUUGCUUUCCUGUGGGCUGGUGGCAGAGCCUCGUAUGGUGUCUCGAAAGGCAAAGUUUGCUUUGAAAUGAAGGUGACAGAAAAGGUACCUGUGAAACACUUGUACUCUAAAGACAUUGAUGUACAUGAAGUACGUGUUGGUUGGUCUUUAAGCUCCUGUGGGUUCAUGCUAGGGGAAGAUGAAAAUUCUUAUGGAUAUUCAUUGAAAGGAUCCAAGUCUUGUAAUGCGGUGGCUGAGGAAUAUGGCGAGAAGUAUGAUGAGAAUGAUGUAAUCACCUGCAUGGCAAAUUUUGAAGGUGAUGAAGUUGAGCUUUCUUUUGCAAAAAAUGGCCAGGACCUUGGAGUGGCUUUUAAAGUUGGCAAAGAUGUGCUAUCUGAGAAACCCCUUUUCCCACAUGUCCUUUGUCACAAUUGUGCGGUUGAAUUUAACUUUGGCCAGCAGGCUGAACCAUUCUUUCCAAUUCCUGAAGGAUUUACAUUUAUUCAGAAUGUCUCACUUGAAGAUCGUGAGAGAGGUCCUGUGGGCCCUGAACAAAAGAAGGAUUGUGAGGUUAUCAUGAUGAUUGGUUUGCCAGGAGCUGGCAAAACCACUUGGGUCAAUAAACAAGUUGAAGAGAAUCCUGGGAAAUACAAUGUCCUUGGAACAAACAAUAUUAUGGAAAGAAUGAUGGUUGGUAAUAAAAAGAUGACUGACACAGGAAAACUUAAUGCUCUGCUGCAUAGGGCCCCACAAUGCCUUAGCAAAUUCAUUGAAAUUGCUGCUCGGAAAAAGAGACAUUUUAUUCUAGAUCAAACAAAUGUAUCUGCUGCUGCCCAGAGAAGAAAAAUGUGCCUAUUUGCUGGAUUUCAGCGUAAGGCUGUUGUUGUGUUUCCAAGUGAUGAGGUUUAUAAAGAGAGAACUCAGAAGAAGGCAGAGGUUGAAGGAAAGGACCUUCCUGAACAUGCUGUGCUUAAAAUGAAAGGAAACUUUACACUACCAGAAGCCAGUGAAUGCUUUGAUGAAAUUCUGUAUGUGGAACUACAAAAAGAAGAAUCUGAGAAACUUAUAGAGCAGUAUAAAGAAGAAAGCAAAAAAUCUCUUCCUCCAGAAAAGAAACAGAAUGUUGGAGCUAAAAAAGUCAACAAGAACAAAAACAAGUCCAGAGGUGGAAUGGGCCAUGGUGGCCAUAGAGGUCGUGGAGGUGGAGGCUACAAUAUGCGUGGUGGAAACUUCCGUGGUGGAGCUCCAGUUAAUCGUGGAGGAUUUAACAGAAGGGGUAACAUGCCACAGCGUGGAGGUGCAGCUGGAGGAGCUGUUGGUUAUCCAUAUCCUCGUGCGCCAGCCUAUCAUAACAGGGGUGGUUACAAUAAUCGUGGGAACUAUGGUCGUGGUGGUGGAGGUGGUGCUUCAAUGCCCAGCCGUGGAAACUACAACCAGAACUUUAGAGGAAGGGGAAACAAUCGUGGCUUCAAAAACCAUUCUCAGGGUUACAACCAGUGGCAGCAGCAGGGCCAAUACUGGGGUCAAAAGCCAUGGAGCCAGCAGUACCACCAAGGAUAUUAUUGAAUACCCAAAUAAAAAUGAACUGAUACAUAUUUCUCUUCAAACCUUCACAAGAAGUCGACUGUUUUUCUUUAGGCUAACUUAAAAACAAAACAAAAAAAACAUUCCACAAGAGGAAGUGCCUGCGGGUUCUUAAUUGGUUUUGUUUAAUUAUUUUAGUUGCUCUCUGGGUUGAGUUUUGUUUUUUGUAAAUUUUUAUUGCAGUUUUAAGUGAUUUCAUAAGAACCUCAGCAUUGUGCACGAUAAGAGAAUGUGUCAGUAUUUCAGGGUUCUACAUUUUAUCUGUAAAUUUAUUUUUCUUUUUUACCGUAUAAAAGUUAUGCUUUGUAACUGGUGUUUUUUAUUAAGUAAAAUGUCUCCAUCCAGCUCUAGGAUAGGAAGACCAGAUUUGCUGUCAAACUUUUGAUGGUGUAAAGGUUUUAGGCCUGCCUAGUGGUCCUUUAGAGACUUUAAAAUGGACCUUGCAAUGAAUAUACAUUGUGUUAAGAUCUAGGAGUGAGCAUCCUGGCCUGUGAGGGCAUGAAGGCUUUUUGCCACUUUAGGAGAGAACUAAAAAAUAAAUAAAUGACUGUGAGCAAGUUAGUGAGGCUGGGUGUAUGUCUUUAGCUCUUAAAUUUUCUGCUCUACCUGUGGAAACCGCAGAGACUUUAACUUGUGAAGGUUUAAAACUGUGUUUGCCAUUUGUUAAAUUUUGGUUCUGCAAAGAAAAGGCUAAACUGCCUGUUUCUUAUUAAACUAAACUUGUUGUAAAUCUAGUUGUCUGGGAUCUGUAUGAAGUUAGCCGUGUUUGUAUCUCCACUUCCCCUACCCUUCUUAAUUUGCCUAGUAUGCUUGUAGUUGCACCAUCAUUGUAAACUAAUGAUAUUGUGAGUUACAUUACUCUAGCAUUUUUUGGAAAAUGUCAGUUCUUUACACUUUGCCUGCUAACCUCUAGCGAGGAUGAGCCGGAAUACAUUCAUAGAACAUUUGCAAUAAAUAAAAGUGAAUUAUACUCUUGUCUUUGGGAUUGUCACCAACUUUUAAGAGACUUAAUCCCUGCCCCAUACAACUGCCAUGUCUGUGAUAUGCUUAGACUUGACUGCAGUUAAAGAUCAAAGGAAUGUGCUGAUGUCCACACUCUUUCCACUAUAAACUAGUGGAUUGGGAUGCCGUCCAUUUUCCCACAGUUUGGCCUUGGUCCGUAUGCACAUCUCAAAGGCCUUGGCAUGGCAGUCGCCUCAGAUAUACACCAGCUGCUUUAUUUUGCUACACAAGACCUGUGCAAAGCAGUUCAGCAGUGUCCCAACCCUGCGAUGAGAAGCAUGGUAUAAAGUAAACCGUUACAUGGAGGGAUUUUCACCCAUUUCCCAGCUGAAUGGCACAAAAAUACUAUGGAGCAACAAACGUUCUGUGGCUUAUUGCCUGUAAGGUAAAGUUUGUCAAGCCUGCCUCCCGUCUUUUUUAACUUUGGAUGGGAGCUUCUCCAAUGAACUGACUUUGUAAAUACAGUACACGCUUGAUUACUAUAUUAACUAACAUUUCUGGUAAGUUGUAUACCUCCGUUAAUCCCUUUUACACAAAGGGAUUUUCCCCUCUCCUAGUCUGAAAUAAAAUACUCUAUAAUUUC